AUGCUUGCAGAUAUCAGGCAUUCCCUUAACGGAUCGUCUCUGAUUAAAUCCAUUUUACGCAUCUUCCUUCUUGGAUUUAAGCCGAUCAGCACACUGCAUCGGCACUAUCACCUCCGACCAGCACAGUUCCUUUACCCCGAUGAAUCAAAUGCCACCGGUAGCACCAUUUGGUUUUCGACUCUUCUAAUCGCCUGUCUCCGACGCCAACUUGUCGCCAUCUCCCUUUACACACAGCGUCGACAUACAGCUCCUCGGCUAGUUGCCUUGCUUCCGCAGGUUAACGGCUUUUUUCGUUGA